UCACGUGGCACACUGACGGCCAGCCGGUGAUCACAUGACUCAGACGUCACGAAGGUCCUUCAGCUGUAUAGGACGUAGAGGCUGCGCUCAGUGUACGGCUAAUGACAUCCUGUCCGCGGUCAGACGCCGCCAGUCAUUAUACCGAAGCCAAAGGCUUCUCUGGGGGAAUAGAAAGGUGUGGUCGGGCCGCGUUUGGAUCGCGGGCGAUGAUGCCGAGUCCCAUGACGGAUACGUGCGGUGUAGAUGUGUGACAGGUGAACACACGUGUGGUAUCGCGGGCCCCGGUGUCCGAUUGACGUAGUUGAAGAGCCGGAAUCGUGCGUGUCCAUCAUGGCGGGCGGCGGAGGAGGAGGACAAGGCUGUGAGGGGAGCAGUCAGAGUGAACGUGACCGGCAGUACUGCGAGCUGUGCGGGAAGAUGGAGAACCUGCUGCGCUGCGGCCGCUGCCGGAGUUCCUUCUACUGCAGUAAGGAGCACCAGAGACAGGACUGGAAGAAACACAAGCUGCUGUGUAAGGGAAGCCCGGCCACCCCCGACCCCAAACCACAGGACAAGGCCGCCACCCCCGACCCCAAACCACAGGACAAGGCCCCCGAGCCACAGGACAAGGCCGUCACCCCCGAACCACAGGACAAGGCCGCCUCCCCCCCGGACAGCAAGCAGCGGGAGGUGGUGGUCGGAGGGGCCACUCUGAGGGCCAUUAAGGAGGAGGACUACACCCAGAGGUCCGGGGAGGCGUGCGGGAGCGGAGCUGCCCCCGGGGGAGGGGAGGGCACAGAACGGCCCAAUGGGCACACCAGGCCGCCCCUCCACAAGCUGGCCCUGGAGUACAUCAUCCCCUGUAUGAACAAGCACGGCAUCUGUGUGCUGGACGACUUCCUGGGCCAGGACCUAGGGGACCGUAUAGUGGGGGAGGUGCAGGCUCUGCACAGCACCGGCCGCUUUACCGAUGGACAACUUGUCAGUCAGAAGAGCGACUCCUCCCGGGACAUCCGAGGGGACCAGAUCACCUGGGUGGAGGGCAAGGAGGCGCCCUGUAAGGCCAUCGGACACCUCAUGAACAGUAUGGACGACCUGAUCCGACACUGCGGAACCAAGCUCGGCAACUUCCGGAUCAACGGCAGAACCAAGGCAAUGGUGGCGUGUUACCCUGGCAAAGGGACAGGAUAUGUACGACAUGUUGACAAUCCUAAUGGAGAUGGAAGAUGUGUCACUUGUAUAUACUAUCUGAAUAAAAACUGGGAUGCAAAGGAAAAUGGUGGAGUUCUAAGAAUUUUCCCUGAAGGCAAAUCUCAGUUUGCUGAUAUUGAACCAAAAUUUGACAGACUAUUGUUUUUUUGGUCUGAUCGUCGAAACCCUCAUGAAGUUCAACCUGCCUUUUCUACAAGGUACGCAAUAACUGUGUGGUAUUUUGAUGCGGAUGAAAGAGCUCGAGCUAAAGAAAAGUAUCUAACAACAGGAGAGAAAUCUGUAAGGAUUGAACUAAACAAGUCCUCAGAUGGAAUUGUGAAAGAAGUCUGAAAAUGGAUUCAACAGCAAUUCUUUCUUUCAUGUAGACAAUAUUUGCCAAGUGGCCUGGUAACCGUGUACUUGCUGAAAUGCAGCGUGUACAAUGGAGCCCCAUUCAGAGGCGUGUUUAUGUUGUGAAUGUAAAUAGUAAAAAAAAAAAUGUAUUAUAAUUCUAUUUUAUCUGAUGUACCAAAAACUGAAAUUUCAUUACUGGUCUAAUGCACACAGACCAAUCUUGAUAAUGCUUUUAUGAAAAAUAUAAAAAAAACUAUAAUUUA